AUGAAGUACGACGAGGUGUCUUCCAAGUUCGAUAGAUCCGAGGCAGUCAGCUCCUCGCCCGCUCCUCCCUGCAGCACCUGUAAACUUGAAGAUCCAUCUCACGGCGCACGCCCGGGGUGCGCAUGGCCCACGAGUCCCCUGGCGCCUGAACAGCACACUCUUCCUCCCGCGCACCAAAUGUACCGGAUACCUUCUCAGGUCCCGUCUCCCGCCGCCCUCUUUCUCAUCAGCCCCCCCUGUGGUUAUCCAUAA